AUGGACUACGGCCCCUUUGGGUUCAUAGACCGCUACGACCCGCUCUUUGCCAAAUGGACUGGCUCGGGGGAGCACUAUGGUUUCCUGAAUCAGCCCCAGGCCGCGAUGGCCAACUACCACACUCUGGUGACCUCUGUUGCUGUGCUCUUCAGGGAGCGCGCGCAGGAGGAGGCGGUAAGGCUGAUCGAGGCUGGGGCGCAGAAGAUCCGCGAUGCCGUCCUGGAGGUCUUCACCCAAAAGCUUGGCUUUGCCGCCAAGAGUGAAGAAGCUGUGGGUCUUUGGAAGGAGCUGGAGCCAUUGAUGAGGAAGUCACAGAUAGACUACACCAUCUUUUGGCGUCAGUUAAUCUCCGUGUUGGAAUCAGGUGCAGAUGACCCGCUUGAAAGUCUGGAGCGUGCAUUCUACGAGCCCCCGUCCGAAGAGCUCAAGAAGGAGUGGGAGGCAUGGCUGGGGAAGUGGGCCACAGCCGUGGUGUCUGCAGAGGGAGAGGGCGCCGAGGCGCGCCAGCAGAUCAUUUCGCGCCUGCGGGUGGUGAACCCCAAGUAUGUUCCAAGAGAGUGGAUGCUCGUGGAGGCCUAUACCAAAGCUGCGGAGGGCGACUAUACUGUUGUCCAUGAGCUCUACGAGUUGUUCAAGAACCCCUACGAUGAGCAGCCCGCCCUGGAGCAGCGGUACUACAGCCGUGGAGCGCAGGACGUGGUGAGCCGAGGGGGAGUGGCUUACAUGACCUGA